AUGUUUCAAGCCAUCAAUAACGCCAUGGAUAUAGGAUUAGGGGAAGGUCCGACAUUACCAUUUGGCGAAGAUGUAGGCUUUGGUGGGGUUUUUUGUUGCUCCAUUAAUCUGACGGACAAGUAUGUUAAAGAUUGGGUAUUUGGUACCCCUCUUUGCGAACAAAGUAUAGCUGGGUCCGCUGGGACCAGAGUCGCUAAUGCAGGAGAAACCGCUAUUGCAGAAAUUCAAUUCGCUAACUAUAUAUUUCCGGCCUUUGACCAUAUUAUAAAUGAAGCUGCAAAGUUUCGCUACCGUAGUGAAGGAAUUUCGACGGCGGUUCUUUGA